CUAUUGUUUGUGCGAUUAAAACUGCGAUGGAUCGUGAUUAAUUUUUUUGAGUUAAUCAUGUGAGUUAACUGUGAUUAAUCGACAGCCUUAAUAUUAAUACCCAGUUCACUUCUGCAUACGUUGUAUUGGAGUAUAAAAUAAUUCCAACAGUUACUCCAGGGUUCUUACUAGAGCUAGUCAUGAAUUUUCUAAUGAAUCCUUUUUAGUUGGAAAAUGGCAAUUCAUUGAAACUGAAACAUUUCCUGGGAACAUACCGGUUUCAGUGAAACUUUCGUAGGUCCAGGAUGGAAUUUCUGAUCAAAACCAGAGAGAGAGAGAGCGUGCAACCAACCCAGGAUAGCCAACAGCCUGGUGGUUAGGGUACUCAGCCUGUGGGAGACUUUGGGCUGAAGUCCCAGCUCUGCCUGAUUCAGACCAGAGGCUUGGACCUAGAUCUCCCACAUCCCAUACGAGUGGGUCGGGGACCAUGGUUCUUGAAUGCUGAUCCAAAGGGCUUGUAGGAGCUAGUAAGUUCCAACCUGCCACCCAAUGAGCUGCUAACAGUUGGCAAAAGCAAAAACUUCACCACCAAACCCCGCAACCUGGGGUCCGACGACUGCUGCCCAUGACUGCAGUCCUGGGAUCUGAUUGGGUCCCUACUUGUAUUUAAACCAAGUGCAGGAACAGGAAAUUGUCCAUGCAACUGGCUUUUCCCUGCUUAGGGCUGCUUCUGCCUGAUUUCUAAUCGCUGGUCCUGCAUCCUGACAGCUGACUCCUGCUUUGCCCUCUGGCCUGGCUCAGUCUGAUCUCUUGGUAUCACACCCGGCCCGGCUCCUGUUCCAACCAGUAGGUCAGACUGCCCAUGUCCCAGUUAUGACAGAGUGUUCUAACCACCAGGGUAUAGAGUCUCUGUCUCCAGCUGGAGCUCUUCCCCCUUGUAUAACUAAUCAUUUGGCCAGGGAGAGAGAGUGACUCUAUAGUCACCAAAUCAGGCAGAGCAUGGAACUACCUGAGCCUCAGUCUCCCAUAUUGCAGGUAAGUGCCAUAAUCACCAGGCUGAUGGCUGUUCUGGGGCUGAGGCAGCUCUGUCUUGCCUUUUGUGAAAAACUUAUGGCCUCAGUUUCAUCCUGAUGUACAAUGGGAAAACUUUUGAAAUCUCAGAGUUCUGUGUGGUGGUAAAACUGUUUCCUACUCAGUUGUAGUCCUCACACUAACUUAUGCAUAAAUUCUUUCCCCUCAAAUGCAUAAUCAGGAGGGUUUGAACCCACAGCCUUCAGAUCUACAGCACAUACUCCUACCUCUCAAAGGGGAAAGGUAACUGGUUGGCGAAAGUAUAGUGUUAUCCUCUCUGUGAGCCAGCUCAUACAGGGACAUACAAAAUAUGCUUUACCACUGGGUUACACAAGUAUUUGAGAGAGAGAGAGCAUCAUAAUUCUAGUUUCUAUUUGUGGUUUGUGUAGCAGCAUUUUCUAGUGCUCAUGGUAGUUGUGGUGGUGUCUUCACCAAAGGAAGAUGUGGUACAUUCUGUCCUGCCUUUGCAUUUGGUCUCUGAAGGGUCAGGUCAGCUUCUGGAAGAAGGGGUUAUUAUAAACCUCAGGAAAUUAACCCCCUCUCUGAAAUCUGUCCACCCAUGAUCAGUCUUCAAGCCCUAGAGUCUUCUUCCCGCACCCCACUCCUUCCAGGAGAAGCUUGCUAAAGCAUUUCUUGUAGCAGCUCAGAUUAGGAAGUCAAAUACACAUCCAUUCAAGCUGAUCUUCUAUGUAAUGAGCAUCAUGUCGUCUUUCAUGGCUCUGAUCCCUUGAACCAGCAAACCUCCCUUCCUUCACCUAGUUUUCUGGCUCAGUAGAUUCUGCGUGCAGGGAAAGAUUACCUUAGCUCUAGCAGUCCAGCACUGCUGGAGGAAUCCCAAUGAAUUUCUCCAGGGAGUGCGUGCCUCUGCUGGAUUUUUAGGCGAGCAGUCAUCACCAGAGGUGCAAGACUGGAUGGGGAUUCUUUCUCAUCCCGGAGAUCUUGCUUCCUCAUCAAACUUCUUGAGCUGCAAAUGGGAAGAUUGGUCUUCAGAUUACAAGUGAUUAACCCAGCACUGAUGUCAAAUAAAUAAGCAGGGAAACAUUAGCAAAAGAAGCCCUGAUCCUGAUAAACUGGGCAGAACACAUCUGAUCAUUGAAAUACCACUUGCCAAGCCUGUGUUCAGACUUCAAGUGAAGUGGCUGAGUCCCAUCUGCCAGGGAAAUCGGAAAUGUAUCUGAAGUUUUCUGAUGACAACUUCUCAAUGCUUGCAGAUCUGCAGCAACCAGUAAUUCCAAGCUUCCACUCUUCCACUGAGUUGCAGUGGACAGUGGCUUCUGUGUGACAGACAUCAUGUUCCCCAUCUCUUGAGUUCACCUAAUGUAUACCUGUCUUUCUGAUCAUUUGUCCUGAUGAAACUAAAAGUAGACAAAAUAAGUCUGAUUUUGAUUGCCCCUGAUUCUAGUAGUACUCUGACCUGUCGGCCUUUGGUAGGAGAUUAUCUUCCCAUCGCUUGAGUCAAAAGUCCAGUGUGUCACAAGACUUCAGAAAAGUUGUUUUAAAGGGUCAGCUCAUGAAAUAGAAUCCCUGGUUUAUGAGACCAUGUCAACAAGGUUAGUUUCCACCUUGCUGAUAUAUAGUAACAUUAUGCACAAAAAGAACCUACCUAAAAUACCUGCCACUAGUGUAUCUGAGCACAAGAUUGCUUAUAGCUUUUUUCUACUUCAUGGGUGUUGGAGUUUUUUCGGGAAGAUGUUGGUUACCAUUAGGCUUUUAGGGGUCUGGCAUUCACCCUGCAGGCCACUAAAGGGCAUACAAUCUAAUAGAAAACCCCUUUAUGUUCUCAAGAACCAGGUGACCAGCAUAACUUAAAAUAUCUCUGCUAGACUGCACCAUAUUCAAGUUUGGAGUCAAAAUUUGGUUUUGUUUAACCUCUCCAGGGGUAAGGGCCUAUUCCCUAAGAGGCAAAGUCACUUCAUGGGCUGAGAGAAUCUCUGAGAUGUGAUAUUCUAGGUAGUGACCUGGCAAUCACACCACACCAGUAGUCAGUAUUUCAGAAUCUAUAUCAGCGCUUUAGUGAAUAUGGAUUAUUUGGAUGCAGUGUUUUUUAGGAGCCGUAGUCCAGUACGUUCCCUCUCCUCACCACCCUUUCUAUCUCAGCCUAUUGAGGGUUUACCUUGAGGUACUGCUAUGCAUAGCUCAGAUGCCAGUGUUAAGCUGUUCACCGAAAGGGAGAUUUUGGUCUUGGUUUGUAACUGAUUUUUCUGAACAAACCUGGGGUAAAUCAAUUGUUGUUUUAACCAAGAGGCACUCCACUGAGCAAAAAGUGACUUUUGUCCUUUUUUGUUUUUUUACAUAAAAGCAUCAACAGCUUUUGAGAUUAGAUGUAAAUCCACUAGUGUAAUUAACCGGUGCCUGACACCAGGAAAAUUGAACCUGCUUCCCAAAAUGCACUAAGUAUCAAAUAUGAAAAAUAUGUAUCGCUGACUGGCAAUAUUGUGCAUGGUUAGUAGCAAUCAUGUUUAAACAGCUUAUAAGUGGUCUGCUAUAUAAGGUGUAUGUUGGACAAUAAAAGUAGUAAAUUAUUGUUGAUACUGAACACUGUAAUGCUGUGUUGUAGUUGGAAGAAGAAAAUACUUUAGUGCAGGACGUAGCAGGUGCCCUGAAGACUAAUUUUGAAGCUUCACUAUGAGGCGGGGUGGAUGGAGGAAACGAGCCAGCAAUGACGAUGGCUGGGGGAUAUGGGGAGGAUACAUGUCUGCAAAGGUCCAGAAACUGGAGGAUCAGUUCCAGUCAGAUGCGGUUAUACAGCAUCAGAAGGAUGGAACUUCAUCCAAUAUCUUUAGUGGAGUUGCCAUCUAUGUCAAUGGCUUUACAGAUCCUUCAGCUGAUGAAUUAAGGAGGUUAAUGAUGUUGCAUGGUGGCCAAUACCAUGUGUACUAUUCCAGAUCCAAAACAACGCACAUCAUUGCCACAAAUCUUCCAAAUGCCAAAAUAAAAGAACUGAAAGGGGAAAAGGUGGUUCGACCAGAAUGGAUCGUAGAAAGCAUAAAAGCCGGACAUCUCCUCUCAUACAUUCCAUAUCAGCUUUACACAAAGCAGUCAAGUGUUCAGAAAGGUCUCAACUUUAAUACCAUAUGCAAACCUGAAGAUCCUAUGCCAGGUCCUAGCAAUAUAGCUAAAGAGCUCAACAACAGGGUAAAUUGCAUAAUAAAAAAGUACGAGACUGAAAAUGAGAUCAAAGCCAAUGGAAUCAGUAGCUGGAAUGAGGAAGAGAGAGAAGAAAGUGAAGAUUUAGGCUUUAUGGAGCUGGAGCAGGUCUUUCCUGGGAGGAAACAAAAUGGAAUUCAGCAUCACAGAGACAGCACUGCCAUUUUUAAUGGACAUACUCACAAUUCUACCAGUGCCUUACAGACACAGGAUUGCGUGGUGCCCUCUGGCAACAGAGUUGCAAACAGGUUCUCUCCAGGCUCUGUGCAGGAGAAGGGGAAGACUGAAAAAGGCAUCAUUGACUUUAGAGACUGCACUAUGCAGCAGUUGCAGGAAAGCAACAAAAACACAGAUCUUUUAAAGAACCCACAUAGGACUACAAGUAAUUCAUUCUCAUCUUCAUCUUUGCACAGUAAUACUAAAAUAAAUGGUGCUCACCACUCCACUGUUCAGGGGCCUUUAAGCACAAAAAGCACUUCUUCAGUACCGACUCAUAGCAAGGCCACUCCCUCAUCAUUGUCCAAACCUUUAGACUGCAGUUUUAUUUCUGACUUUUACUCUCGUUCAAGACUGCAUCACAUAUCUACAUGGAAGUGUGAAUUGACAGAAUUUGUCAAUACCCUGCAGAGAAAAAACAAUGGUGUCUUUCCGGGAAGGGAAAAGUUAAAAAAAUUGAAAGCGGGCAGGUCUGCACUUAUGAUAGCUGACACAGGUAAUGUUUCUGUCUUAAGUUCAUCCAAGCAUCAGCGCUGUAUAAUGCACAUGGAUAUGGAUUGCUUCUUUGUAUCAGUGGGUAUUCGAAAUAGGCCUGAUCUCAAAGGAAAACCAGUGGCUGUUACAAGCAACAGAGGUGCUGGAAGGGCACCACUUCGCCCUGGUGCAAACCCACAGCUGGAAUGGCAGUAUUACCAGAAUAAGAUAUUGAAUGGCAAAGCAGAAAAUAGAAUUCCUGAUAAACUGGACUCAUCAAUCGGAGAGAAUCCAGAUUCUGCUGAGAUGAAUGGAGCUGACUUGGAUAUCACUGGUUUGUCAAUGGCUGAAAUUGCAUCUUGUAGUUAUGAAGCCAGACAAGUUGGGAUAAAGAAUGGAAUGUUUUUUGGCCAAGCAAAACAGCUAUGUCCAAGUCUUCAAGCAGUUCCAUAUGACUUCCAUGCAUACAAAGAAGUUACACAGACAGUAUAUGAGACACUGGCCAGCUAUACUCAUAACAUCGAAGCAGUCAGUUGUGAUGAAGCGCUAGUAGAUAUCACUGAAAUCCUUGCAGAGACCAGACUGACUCCUGAUGAAUUUGCAAGUGCUAUCCGCACCGAAAUCAAAGACCAGACUAAAUGUGCUGCCUCUAUUGGGAUGGGUUCCAAUAUUCUGCUGGCCAGAAUGGCAACUCGCAAAGCAAAACCAGAUGGACAGUAUCACUUAAAACCUGAGGAAGUGGAUGAUUUUAUUAGAGGUCAGCUAGUUAGCAAUCUUCCAGGAGUUGGUAGGUCAAUGGAAUCCAAGUUGGCAUCUUUCGGAAUUAAAACCUGUGGAGACCUACAAUAUCUUACUAUGUCAAAACUCCAGAAGGAAUUUGGUCCAAAAACAGGACAGAUGCUCUACAGAUUCUGUCGUGGUUUGGAUGACCGACCUGUUCGAUCAGAAAAGGAAAGAAAAUCUGUUUCAGCUGAGAUCAACUAUGGUAUAAGGUUUACUCAGCCUAAGGAAGCAGAAGCUUUCCUUCUGAGUCUUUCAGAAGAGAUCCAACAUAGACUUGAAGCUGCUGGGAUGAAGGGAAAACGGUGAACUCUUAAAAUCAUGGUCAGAAAGGCUGGGGCCCCUGUAGAGCCUGCAAAAUAUGGAGGCCAUGGAAUCUGUGACAACAUUGCCAGAACUGUAACUCUUGACCAUGCAACAGAUAGUGCAAAAGUAAUUGGGAAGGAAACACUAAACAUGUUUCACACAAUGAAAUUGAACAUAUCAGAUAUGCGAGGGGUUGGAAUUCAGGUGCAUCAAUUAGUUCCCAUCAAUAAAACCACUUCAGCUGUUUCCUCUCGCUCAUCAGUACCAUCUGGACAUUUACCUAGGGGAUCACAUUCAGUUAUCGAUCUUCUCCAUGUUCAGAAAACUAAGAAAUCUUCAGAAGAAGAACAUAAAGAAGUAUUUGUGGCUGCUAUGGAUCUCGAAAUAUCAUCUGCAUCAAGAACAUGCACUUUUCUGCCAUCUCUCACUACCCAUAUGACAUCUGGUCUCAAUCCCAUUACCAGCAAGGCUGAGUCCGCAGUCAAAUGGAAUGGUUUACACACUCCUAUCAGCGUAAAAUCAAGACUUAAUUUAAGUAUUGAGGUUCCUUCACCUUCCCAGUUAGAUCAAUCUGUCUUGGAAGCAUUGCCAUCUGAUCUCAGAGAACAAGUAGAGCAAAUGUACGCCAAUCAACUGGGAGAGACUUAUGGUGAUAGCAAAAAAGAGCCCAUAAAUGGGUGUAACAGUGAGUUUCUGCCACAGCCAGUUGGAGCAGUUCUCUUACAAAUACCAGACCUCCAAGAACCAAACAGUGAUGCAGGAAUUAAUGUAAUAGCCCUGCCAGCAUUCUCGCAGGUGGACCCAGAGGUUUUUGCAGCACUACCUACUGAGCUGCAAGAGGAACUUAAAGGUGCAUAUGAUCAAAGGCAAAAGCAAUCAGAGAAUGUCAUUUAUCAGCAACCGAUGAGCACCUUUGUAUCAAAGAAUCCUUUAUUACAGUUGAAGCAAGCAACAGUGAAAACUAAGAAAAAAAAACAGGAAAAAAAAAUCAAGUCAGUCCCGAAAAAGAUUCAAAGUCCUUUGAAAAACAAACUCUUUGGUAGCCCUGCAAAAAACAUGGUGGCUGCUUCUGGAAGCCCACAGAAACUAAUAGAUGGUUUCUUAAAUCAGGAAGGUACAGCCACUGGUAAAUCUCAGGUGGAACCAGUUCCAUCCACCUCAAAUACUUCAGGCCCAUCAGCUUUGCAGACAGCACAGUCUGGUUCAAUUAGAUCACAGGUACCAAAUCUGGCUGGAGCUGUUGAAUUCAGCGAUGUAAAGACCUUGCUCAAAGAAUGGAUUACAACUAUUUCAGAUCCCAUGGAGGAAGACAUUCUACAGGUUGUGAAGUACUGUACUGAUCUGAUAGAAGAAAAGGACUUGGAAAAGUUAGAUCUGGUCAUCAAGUACAUGAAAAGGUUAAUGCAGCAGUCUGUGGAAUCAGUUUGGAAUAUGGCAUUUGACUUCAUUCUUGACAAUGUUCAGGUGGUUUUACAACAAACUUAUGGAAGCACAUUAAAAGUUAUCUGAACUUAACUUGUAAUAAAGAGCUUGGUGGGAGCCUGGAGCUCUCCGACAGCUGGGCCAUAAGUGCUUGUGAGGUAUUUGCAAAGUGCAUGACAGUAAGGCUCUGAGUUUUUAUAAUUUUCAAUUUCUUUUUAAACAAAAAAGUGUUUUGUACAUUUCUUUUCAAAAAGUGCCAAAUUUGUCAGUAUUGCAUGUAAAUAAUUGUGUUAAAAUUCUUUUAUUGUAGUAUAGAAUCUAUUUGCAAAAUGUUUGUUUAUAAAGUUUUAUGGAUUUUUACAGUGAAGUGUUUACAGUUGUUUAAUAAAGAACUGUAUGUA